AUGGGCAGCCUCCAGGAGCCGCUCCUCGGCGAAACCCUUCUCCAGACAGCGAAGAGGCUUGAGGCAGCAGAUUUCAAAGAAGUCCCCGUCGUUGACCUGGCCGGUCUGUCCAGCGGGGAAAUCACCGACCGGAUCGCUGUGGCGCGAGAGGUCCGUGAUGCUUGUAUUCGCGUCGGCUUUUUCUACGUCAAGAAUCAUGGUGUGCCUCAGGAAGUGAUUGAUCGCGUGUUUGAGGUGUCGAAGAAAUUUUUCUCCCUGCCGGCCGAGGAUAAGAUGGAGGUGUAUGUGACCAAGAACGAGAGCUUCAAGGGGUAUGAAGACAUUCAUUAUGGAGCGGUGGAUCCGCAGACAAAAGGAGAUAUGAAGGAAGCCUUCAACUUCGGCUACGAGCCCGCAGCCGACCCCAAGACUCCCCUCUCCGAGCCAUGGCCAUUGUAUGAGGGUCUCAAGGGUCCCAAUGUCUGGCCUCGAAACUUCCCUGAGCAAUGGAAACAAGACUUGUUCGCCUACUACGGCGAGGUGUUGAAUCUGGGUCGACGGAUGAUCCGAGCCUUUGCCCUUGUGCUCGACCUCCCCGAAGAUUAUUUUGAUGAUCUCCUGGUUCGACCGGGUGCGAUCAUGCGGCUACUCAGAUAUCCGGCGUCAAUACUCGACCCUGACCAUCCCGGGAUCGGGGCACACAGGGAUUAUGAAUGCUUUACGAUUCUCUGUCAAGACGAGACCAAUGGUUUACAGGUGCAGACUAAAAAGGGUGAAUGGAUCGAAGUGACUCCGAUCCCUGGUACCUUUGUGGUAAACAUUGGCGAUUUUCUCUCUCGCUGGACCAACGAUGUCUUUCGCUCAACCUUGCACCGAGUCUACAACGUCUCCGGCCGCGAGCGUUACUCCUUUCCGCUGUUCAUUGGGCCAAACUACACCACCAAAAUCCAGGCCAUUCAUACUUGUGUCAAUGAAGACCGGCCUGCGAAGCAUGAGCCUUUUGUCGCUGGCGAGUACAUUUCCAACAGGCUCUACGGUGCGAAACGAAAGCCUCUUCCCACUCCCCUCGAGAGUUCCGCGUGA